ACGCGACCUGUUCAAUAUAGAGGCGUCAUGUGACAAUCUGAUGAUGUAAACAAAAGGAUGCAUACUGAAUAUCAUGAUGUUUGCGGAGCCUUUUGGGUGACAUUACAAACAGAAAUAUGUGAUAAAUACAAAAUCAAAUAGAAGAACAAUGGACGAGAGGAGAAGCUUGUUGAGCAACAGAAGAGGCGAGAGCGAACCAAGACCAGGAAACGCCUUUAAAGUGAAAGUAGCCCAGGGAUCUAUACUUCUAACAGUGGCACUGGAAAGACUUGCAUUUUAUAGUCUAACAGGGAAUCUCGUAUUGUUUCUCAACAGUCUUCCGUUCAGUUGGAAGUCUUACAAUGCCCUUUAUUGUACUUUCGUUUUCCUUGGAAUAUCGUAUGUGUUGUCAUUUGUGGGCGGGAUAGUUGCAGACACUUGGCUUGGAAAAUUCAAAACACUUCUACUAUCCUUUGUAAUUUACCUGGCGGGAUAUGUUUUUCUGCCUGUAAUAACCUUUGAAAAAGAAACAUCACAAAAUACUACAGUUUUACCAGAUAUUUGUGGAAAAAAUGACUUUGAUGAAAAUAAAAUGUAUGAUAUCAUUGUCAGUCAUGGCAAAGAAGAAACGGACUUAUCUGGUGAAAACUGUGCAGGCCUCAUUUUUGGAGUCCUGACAAUUAUAGCAUUUGGUUCAGGAAUAUUCAGAUCUGUAAUAGCACCAUUUGGUGCAGACCAGGUGAGAGGAGAGGGUCCACAGACAAGUUUAGCCUUUUUUAACUGGUAUUAUUGGUCCAUCAACCUUGGAACUCUCAUUGCUCUGUCAAUUAUUACUUAUGUGCAGCAGGAUUACAAGUUCUCUUAUGGAUACCUGACUGCAAAUAUUUGUUUGGCUUUGUCUUGUAUUGUUUUCUUGAUAGGAUGGUGGUCAUAUGUUUAUGUACCAAAAACAGGAAGCAUUUUGACCAAUAUUUUCAAAAUUUUAUUCGAGUCCUGCCAAAGACGGAAAAUAAAUAGAAACAGAAUAAACAAUGUUGAACAAGUCAGUGCAGAUAUAUCAGACAUUCCAGAGCUCCCCUCUAGCGAGUCUUCCCCCUCCUUCCUUGACCGUGCUAAAUAUAGAUAUGGUGGAAGUUUCCAUGAAACAGCAGUAGAUGAUGUGAAACAAUUGUUGAAAAUUCUCUGUGUAUUUCUCACCACAUUGCCUUACUGGAUGGUCUACUUCCAGAUGCAGACAACUUUUGAACUUCAAGGAUUGCACAUGAAACUUCAUUUAUCACAUGCAGAAACUUUCAAAAUAUGUAACAACAGUUUCCCAAAUUACUCCCCAGACUCCAAUCAAAACAAAAGCACAGUUGUGGCAGCUUGGUUUACUUUAUUUGAUGUGAUAUUCCUCAUCAUUCUUCUGCCACUCUUUGACAGAGUUAUCUACCCUUAUUGGGCUCGGCGUGGGAAACCUGUUGGCAUGGUUUUUAGGAUCAGUUUGGGAAUGAUGUUUGCUACUUGUGCUGUUUUAGUAGCAGGAGUUGUUGAACUCUUCAGACUUAAAGCGGUUUGGAAAUAUCCAAAUGAGGAAUGUUGUAGCUCGACAAUCAACCAGACCAUUGGUCACACUGUCUACAGAGCGGCAGACAUGAGUGUUUUCUGGCAGAUCCCACAAUACGCUCUGAUUGGGAUCAGUGAAGUGUUUGCAAGUGUGGCUGCUUUGGAAUUCGCCUACCAGAUGGCACCAAAGUCAAUGAAAGGGAUCAUCAUGGGAUUCUUUUAUCUUUUUACUGGGAUUGGCAGCCUGCUGGGAACAGGCACCAUGUUUGCCUUCAAAGGAACCUGGUUCUUCCAAGAAGAUUUUGGCAAUAUUAAUUGUCGCAUGCCCUGUAAUUCUGAUGGAACAUACAAUAAGUCGUGUCACCUGGAUUACUAUUUCUUCUUUUUAGCAGGUCUAGAAUUUGUAGGAAUGUUUGUUUUUAUUGUGGUGGCACGGCUUUUAAACCUUACGCAGCAUCUGGUGGCUAUAAACAAACCAGCACGGCUAGCUGGGGUGCAUGAGAGAUCUUUUCGAGAUGAAAGAAGAGAAGGUUUUGUGUCAAGUGGGAGUCAGAGAGGGAACAGAUGAAAGGACAGCUUAAUUAAAGCUGGUGGUUUCUAAAAUAAAGAAAAGCCCACAGUGUUCAGUCAUGUUAUGAAAUAUUUUGUAAAGUGUAAUACCAACAAAACUCUGAACAAAAACGCACAUUUAGUUCACCUCAACAAAGUUGGGGAGAAUUAUCCACAAUGAAAAUUGGCAUUGGUGUCAGCAUCCCAGGUUGAUGUUUUUGGAGCAGAUUUCUUUUCAAGUUUAUUAAUCAAGUACUUCUAUUGUGCUCUAUCAUAUUAAUUCAUGAAUCUUGGAGCAUAAGCAUACUUCUAUUAUGUUUUGUUUACCAGUUAAGGUUUCAUAUGCUGCAAUUUCAACAAAGGAAUGAACACAGUACUUUGAAAGCAGGUUAAAGUUUUUGGAGUAGGUGUCAUUCAAAAGUAACUAUAAACCUUAUAUUUACCAAACUUGCAGGGAUGAUACAUCUAAGGAUGCAUACUAAUGAACUAGCUUCAGAUACUAGAUCUGACCUACAUUUUAGAGAUGAGUGACCAGGUUAAAGUUUAUGAACCAUUGUUAAAAUUAGACUAAAAGUCCAUUUCCAAGUUACAUGUACUGCAACCUAAUAAAACCAAAUUGACCUAAAUAUUUCAUCUAAGGAUGCACAGUACUAGAUUAGUAGUUUAGUGUGCGACUUUGCCUUACUUUAAAGAUAACAUUAGUUGAGGUGAGCUCUAUAAUCUCUGAUAAGCUCUUUGCUUUAAAAUAUUAUAUUUUUAUGACACAAUAUUCAGUAGAUAUUCAAUAGACCUCUACUUUCUGCAGAUGUGAAUAGUACUCUAUUUUUUUUUAUUUCCAUGUUAGAUAUAAUACUCUGUAGAAUAUAGCUGCAAUAAAUGUCUUGUAAGUCCCAAAAGUUAAAGUUAAGCUAAGAAAUGUUUAGCAUUUUAUCUUGGAGUUAAUAAUAGGACUGAAGUUGUUAAGAUAAAAAGAGAAAUUAAUGUAUAUUCACUGUGAUUUUGACAAAACAAGAAUAGUUUAAAUUAUUGUUUGUAUCUUGUAAGUUUAUUUUAAAAAUAAAUAAAUAAAGAAUCAUUUUGAUAUUGUGCCUUUGCAUGUUUUGAUGCUAGUUUUUGAGAUUGAAAUUGACACAUUUUGUGACGUCAUAAUGCACUGACUAGACAGAAAAUUACGUCAUUUUUGAUAGACAUGCAAUCAUCAAAGGUCCAGAUGAUAUUGAAUGCAUUGUUAGCUAAAAUUAAGCAGUUUCAGUUUUUACAGAAAUUCACAGAGCCAAAUAAUGCCAUAAGUAAACCUUGUUCUUUAUCUGCUUAUAUUUUCUAAAUAUUGUCAUUUAUUUAUAUACAGAAGUAUAUGAUUGAAGAUCACAAACAUAAUAAUUGAAAGUGCAGAGACUGUUUUCUUGGUCUGAAAUGAAAAAAAAAAUGAAUAAAAAUUGAGGAAUGUGUGUUUUCUUGAGUGGGAUGUUUCAAAAGAAGUCCUUCAAUUUAAAACACUCUUGCUUCUGAAAAAGUUUCUUUUCUACUUUUGAGGACUGCCUUUUUUUACUAUUCUUGUAUUUUUUAAAUCAUCACUUCAAUGGUCCUUGUUACACAAGACUUUGGUGCUGAAACAAUUUAUUUGUUAUCUGAUUAUAUUAGAUAUUUGUUGCAAAUAUUAAUUGGUUAUAGACCAAAGUAAUUCAUGCUCUCCUUUUUGAAAUUUUUCUAGAAUUAAUGCCUUGUGUUAUUAUGUGCAGAGGGCAUUGGGUAUCACAGAUUGAACAUUAAAUGAAUUAUAUGUAUGGCUGUAUAUUAUUUACUUUAUUGCAGUUCCUCACGAGAUGAAGUGCAUUUAGUCAUAAAAAUGCUAAAAGCAGUUUGCAGAAUUUGCAUUAAGUAACACUGAGUUUAGAUCGAGUCUCUAAGCUAAUAUAACAUAUAAAUGUAAUUUUCUUAUUUUAUGUACAUAUUCAUUCAUAAUAAUGAUGAUGUCUAUUUUUUUACUUCUGGAAUUAAAACGUUAUUUUUUAA